AUGUCGGCAAUGGAUAUGUUCUGGGCAGCUCCGCCCAUCUCGAGGACUCUGGCUGCUUCGGCCUUCUUCCUCUCGAUUGGAGUCUACACGGGCAUGUUGCCAGGAUAUUAUGUGAUAUGGCAUACUCCAUAUAUUUUGCAAUUUCCGCCACAGCUGUGGAGACUCGUCACAUCGUUUCUCAUAACGGGAAAAGACCUGAGCAUCCUCUUCGACACGUAUUUCCUGUACACAUAUGGAAGCAAGCUUGAGACAUCUUCCCCCAGAUUCUCGCAGCCAGGAGACUUCAUGACAUACGUUCUGUUUGUGUGCUUGACAAUCUUGGGCUUGAACAUUUUCAUCACAGGCGGAAUGGUAUUUACAUCCUGUCUUGUACUGGCUUUCGCCUACACAUCGACUCAAGACGACCGAGGCAUGAAGGCCAACUUCUUCAUCGUCACAAUCCCAGCUCAAUGGAUCCCACAUGCUAUGCUUCUCAUGACGCUCGUCACAAAUGGACCCUCAGCAGCAAAAGUUCAGGCAACUGGCCUUAUCGCAGCUCAUCUCCACGACUUCCUGACACGAUUAUGGCCAGAGUUUGGAGGUGGCUUCAAUCUGGUUCCGACACCCACCUUCAUCAGAAAUAUUUUUGCAAAACCCCAUGCCACAGUCGAGCACAAACCUUAUGGAACUGCAUUUGCGCAGCCUCAGCGAGCAAACUCCGGCUCUGAUAACGUGCUUCCGGAGUCAUGGAAAAGCAGGGGCUCAGGGCACCGACUUGGUGGAAACUGA